UUCUCCUUCGUUUGUUUCUUCUCAGGAAACGCUAAUGAAGAGGCGAAGCAUAAGAGAGAAACACUAAAAAUGGCGACGAGGGCGAAAAUGGUGGGUUCGAUGCUUCUGAGAAAUCUGAGAGGGAAAUCCCAUCCCUUCAUCACAAGUGGGCAUUCUCCAUUUUCUUCCUCUUCUUCCUCGGUGGUGGUAUCUCCCAAAGUCACGGAGGUGCCGGUGAGCUCCACACGGCUGGGGCUGGAGUUAUUGGGAGCCAAGGACUACGAAGACUACAGGAGGUCCCUCUACGGAGAUAUCACCCACAAGGCCCUCCUCGUCGAUGCCGUCGGUACCCUUGUCGUCCCUUCUCAACCCAUGGCGCAAAUAUAUAGGAUGAUUGGAGAGAAGUAUGGGGUGGAGUAUUCGGAGAAUGAGAUUCUGGAUAGGUACAGGUGGGCAUACGGGCAGCCGUGGGGUAGAUCUCGACUCAGAUAUGUGAAUGACGGGAGACCCUUUUGGCAAUUUAUAGUUAGGUCUUCCACUGGCUGUUCAGAUUCUCAGUACUUUGAAGAACUCUACCAAUAUUAUACGACUGACAAGGCCUGGCGCCUUUGUGAUCCGGAUGCGGAGGGAGUCUUUAAGGCACUUAGAAAAGCUGGUGUAAAAUUGGCUGUUGUGUCCAAUUUCGAUACGCGGUUACGGCCUGUUUUGCAGGCUCUGAAGUGUGAUCAUUGGUUUGAUGCAGUGGCAGUGUCUGCUGAGGUAGAAGCAGAGAAGCCAAACCCUACAAUAUUUAUAAAAGCUUGUGAAUUAUUGGGUGUAAAACCUGAGGAUGCAGUGCAUGUAGGCGACGACCGCAGGAACGAUGUAUGGGGUGCCAGAGAUGCAGGGUGUGAUGCCUGGCUUUGGGGAAGCGAUGUUUAUUCUUUCAAGGAGGUUGCUCAUAUGAUUGGAGUACAAGUUUGAAGAAGAGUCCGCGAUAUGUACUGCAUGAAAAGUUCUCUCUUUCU